GGUGGAUAAAUACAAUUUUUUCUCCGUUGAAAAAAAACAGUUGGUCUAAUUUUUCUUUUCAAACUUUAACCUCACUCUUAGGUUAUAAUAUUAUUGCUCUUUUGACCAUUGUAUGGGAUUAUUGCUGGCAUAUUUACUAACUCAUACCGUUUAUUACCUUCAGAAAAAAUUCAGAUCCCUCAACAGAAAAAACACGUCUACUAUUAGCAUGGAAAAAUCUUCUUACUCCGGACCAAGUUCCAUAGUGAACUCAGCACCUGUGUCCAUCUUCUCCUAUUGUGCUUCAUCUAUCUUGAUGACUUUGACUAAUAAGUUUGUCUUAUCUGGAGACUUCAACUUGAACUUUUUCCUCUUGGCCAUUCAAUCCGUUACUUGUAUUGUGGCUAUUAGUACUUUGAAAUCCCUUAAUAUCAUUACUUACAGGCAAUUCAACAAGGAUGAAGCCAAAAAAUGGUUCCCUAUUGCUGCUUUAUUGGUGGCCAUGAUCUAUACUGGAUCUAAGGCCAUUCAAUACUUGAGUGUUCCAGUUUAUACCAUCUUCAAGAAUUUGACCAUUAUUUUGAUUGCUUAUGGUGAAGUAUUGUGGUUUGGUGCAAAGGUCACUCCAAUGACCUUGGGUUCUUUCUUCUUGAUGGUCCUUUCUUCUGUCAUUGCUUACUAUGGUGAUGCUAAAGGAGUACCUGCUGGUGACCUUUUCGAGUUAUACUUGGGAUACUUCUGGAUGUUUGUCAACUGUUUUGCUGCUGCUGCCUUUGUUUUAAUCAUGAAAAAGAGAAUAAAGUUGACUAACUUCAAGGAUUUUGACACCACUUUCUACAAUAACUUGUUGUCUAUUCCAAUUUUAUUAGUAUGUUCGUUUCUUUUCGAAGACUGGUCCGCUGAGAAUGUUUCAAAAAACUUCCCAGCUGAAAAUAGAACCGCUACUGUCAUGGCCAUGCUUUUUUCGGGUCUCACCUCCGUUGGAAUCUCUUACUGUUCUGCAUGGUGUGUCAGAGUUACGUCUUCAACAACUUAUUCCAUGGUUGGUGCUUUGAACAAGUUGCCUAUUGCCUUGUCUGGUUUGAUUUUCUUUGAAGCUGCAGUCAAUUUCUUCUCAGUUUCAUCUAUUUUCCUUGGAUUUGUUGCCGGUUUAGUAUACGCUGUUGCUAAACAAAAACAAGCUAAGUCAAACACUGCACAACAGUUGCCCAAGUAAUUGGGGGAAUAGCUUUAUCUUUAUCUUCCCUCACUUUUUACGUUGAAAGGCGUUGUUGGACGGUUCUCUACUAUGUGCAACUUCCUUUUAAACAUAUUAACUCUAUAUAUCGUAUACGGUUCCAUCUAUAUAAUUGUAUAACACUAAUAGAUCAAUUUUUUGUG